AUGGAACAUCACUACAGUGACCACAAGAGAUGUAUGGAACAUCACUACAGUGAUCACAAGAGAUGUAUGGAACAUCACUACAGUGAUCACAAGAGAUGUAUGGAACAGCACUACAGUGAUCACAAGAGAUGUAUGGAACAUCACUACAGUGACCACAAGAGAUGUAUGGAACAGCACUACAGUGAUCACAAGAGAUGUAUGGAACAGCACUACAGUGAUCACAAGAGAUGUAUGGAACAUCACUACAGUGAUCACAAGAGAUGUAUGGAACAGCACUACAGUGAUCACAAGAGAUGUAUGGAACAUCACUACAGUGAUCACAAGAGAUGUAUGGAACAUCACUACAGUGACCACAAGAGAUGUAUGGAACAUCACUACAGUGAUCACAAGAGAUGUAUGGAACAGCACUACAGUGACCACAAGAGAUGUAUGGAACAGCACUACAGUGACCACAAGAGAUGUAUGGAACAGCACUACAGUGAUCACAAGAGAUGUAUGGAACAGCACUACAGUGACCACAAGAGAUGUAUGGAACAGCACUACAGUGAUCACAAGAGAUGUAUGGAACAGCACUACAGUGAUCACAAGAGAUGUAUGGAACAACACUGUACAAGUAAGAGGGUGGCAAAUCAGCACUCCCCCCAAAAAUUAUGGGAGAAAAAUUGA